UAUAAUGCACAGCAAAAUAUGCCUGGAAGUCAAAUACACAACAGACUAUGCCUGAGAGGUAAUUGUAUUCAAUGGAAUAUGCCUGAGAGAUAAACAUACAACAGAAUAUGCCUGAGAGUUCAACAAACAACAGAAUAUGUUUGACAGUUAAACAUACAGCUGAAUGAAUAUACCCGAGAGUCAAAUCUAUCCUCUUUGGCUACAUUGACGCCUAUACCGGUUCUUGGUUAAUGGCGCUGUAGAUUGGCCGCUUACGCAUUACGUUAGACUGGUAGAAAUACACCGCAAACGUACUAGUGGUUUUUCGUUUAGACUGGACGGUAUAAUGUAGGUACUGAAAAAAGAAUCCCGCGUUACAUAUACCCUGCCCCCUUUUUAAACGCCUGAAUAUAUAUCAAGUAUAUAUCUCAGAAAAGUAACUAAGGCGAAAACAGUUGGAAGGUUUUUAAAGAAUCAGGGCUACUGUGUUGAUUACAGCAAUGGUACCAUUUAAUUGGGCUGUCAACAAUUGCUCUAUUUAGACAUAACAAUAAACGCUGUGACGGUUGGGUGACUUCACCACCGACAUGUGCUACAUACUACAAAAAGCAUAAUAAAAAUGAAACUGUCUCUCGGAAAGCACUCGCGUACCAAGUUAUACACAGUAUUUCAUAGGAAUUGGCAGUUUCUAUUUUCCUACGCCUGAGUGGACGAGAAAGACAAAGCUCAGACGGUUUUGCGAGAGGGUGAUAUCGUUAGCUCUGUGUUCAGAGGUGGGUACUGGUAAUGUUUUGUUAAGAUAGCGUAAAGAACUUAACAUUAUUUUUUUGUCAAGGCCUUUCAGGUUCAAUUAGCAUGUAUCUGUUUCGUAAAUCACGACGUUUUAUACAUGUAAAUAAAUCUGUACUUCUUGCUGUUGCUGGUUUAGUUGCGUUUUGGUAUGUGAUAUAUCAACACAAAGAAAAGACAGCACCAUCAGUAAUACAGCCAAGGCCCAAAGACUUACCUCUUGCGCGACUGGUACUUAAUUCGAAACAGCAACAAGACAACCAAAGAGAUAAAAAAUGUGCGGAGUUGCGACAAUUGGUCCAUGCGAGCGAGAGCAAAAUUAUUGCUGGUCGGUACAUGGAACAAAUGAAGAUACCACGUGACCGGGCGUUUUUUUCGAUCACUCCUUGGGCAGUGGAGAACGAUGUACAAGGAAAAGCAUGUAAAACUGAAAAGGGUAUACAUAGUUUUGCAUUGGAAAUUUUGAAUUUUCAAUCGGUGCUAUGGUCUAUGGUGAGCUUAGUAAAAAGUUCUCUUGGGCAUCGGGACAGACGAGAAGCAAUCAGGAAAACAUGGGGAUCCGUUAAAGUUCUGAACAAAGUUCGUUUCGAGGUUGUUUUUAUCGUCGGCCUUACUAACGGAAACGCAUCUUUGCAAAAUCAACUUGAAGAGGAAGGAAGAUUAAAUGGUGAUCUUCUGCAAUUCAACUUAAAUGACACAGCUGAAUCUGUGCCCGAAAAAGUCCUCGCCGGUAUGCAGUGGGCGUCCAUGAACAUGCCUCCUGAGUCGCUGUACAACUCUAUGGAUGAUGACGUGAUGCUAAAUCUCCCGAAAUUGGUCGAAUAUUUUAACGACCUGAUGCGGCCAGGAAACAACAACGCGAGCGGAAAACGACCAUGUUCCGAAGAUUUGCCCCUUGUGUGUAUGUACAGUUACCAGCCAAAAGACAAGCCUGCCCGUGACCCGAAAAGCAAGUGGUAUAUGCCUUUAGAACUGUUUCCAAACGAAACGUGGCCGACGUACUGCCGAGGUGGGCUAUACACAGCUCCUGUUAAAAUGGUGACGAAACUUUACGAAGCUUCCAGAAAAACUGACCAUUUGUAUCUUGACGAUGUUUGGAUAACAGGCUUCAUGCGAAGAAAACUUGGAAAAGGAGACUGGAAUAUUAUGCCCGCACCGCGCUCGGAACGAGUAGAUGAAAAAUUAAUGGAAGAAGCGACAAUUAUCGCACCAGUAGACGAAGCUUUAAUGCAGCACCUGUGGGGGAAUAUUAAUUUCAAAACAGUAGAUGUUCCAUCUCGUAUAUUUCAAGUAUGGGAGACGUGGAAAAAAGCCUUAACCCUUCACGAAGUUUGUGAAACGCCUAAUAGAACGAGGACUAACGCAGCCAAUUGAUGCCGAAAACUUCAUUUUUUACGCUAAUUUACAAUUUUUACCUUUCUUCAUUAUGUCUCUGAAAUUAGCUGUAGCGUGUAUUUAGAAGUUUGUUAUUACUUAUCUACACAUUAUGCAACCUAUGUUUAUUUUAAACUUUUUUUUUAUUUUACUAGUUACGGUUGCUAUUUUAUACACUCCUUUUCAAAGUGUGUUUACUUUAAACCUUGUACUAAUUUAGGCGCUGAUACAGCAAUACUAUGUGUAGCACCACGUACAAGAGUACAUACCAAUUAUAUAUAUAUUUGUGAUGUUUA